AUGUUGGUGGAGGAGGGCUUUCUCUGGCAGCGAGUGAGAGGCCACCCGGUGACCAGCCCGGCGUCUCAGCUCCUGUGCGACAGCCCAUGUGCCCACGGGAACCUGGAAGACCCCAAAAGUGUAACGCAUCAUAAGUUAAUCCACGCUGCGUCAGAGAGGGUGCUGAGCGACACCAAAACCCUCUCAGAAGAGAACAUCCAAGAUAGAGAUGUCCUGUUACUGAUAAAAAAGCGAACCCCAGCUCCGCUUCCCAAGAUGGCUGAUGUCUCUGCAGAGGAGCAGAAAAAACAAGACCAGAAAGCCCCGGACAGAGAUGCCAUCUUCCGAGCCACCGCCAACCUGCCCUCCCACCACCUGGACCGGGCCGUGGUGCAGACCAACAUGCGCGACUUCCAGACAGAACUCCGGAAAAUCCUGGUCUCUCUCAUAGAGGUGGCACAAAAGCUGCUUGCCUUGAACCCGGAUGCCGUCGAGUUAUUCAAGAAGGCGAAUGCCAUGCUGGAGGAGGACGAGGAGGAGCGUGUGGAUGAGGCCGCCCUGCGACAGCUCACGGAGAUGGGCUUCCCCGAGACCAGGGCCACGAAGGCCUUGCGGCUGAACCACAUGUCUGUGACCCAGGCCAUGGAGUGGCUCAUCGAGCACGCGGAAGACCCAACCUUAGACACGCCUCUCCCCGGCCAGGCCUCGGCAGGCACUGUGGGGGCUGCCGCCGCUGCGGCCGCCGCCUCCACCUCCGCCGAGACAAGUGCGGGGGACGAGGAGCCCAGAGACGACCUGACGGAGGUCUUCAAGAAGAUUCGAAGGAAAAGGGAGUUCCGGCCGGACUCACGGGCCGUUGUCUCCCUGAUGGAAAUGGGGUUCGAUGAAAAGGAGGUAAUAGAUGCUCUCCGCGUGAACAACAACCAGCAGAACGCUGCUUGCGAGUGGCUGCUGGGAGACCGGAAGCCCUCCCCUGAGGAGCUGGACAAGGGCAUGGACCCCAACAGCCCCCUCUUCCAAGCCAUCCUGGACAACCCUGUAGUGCAGCUGGGUCUGACCAACCCUAAGACCCUACUCGCAUUUGAAGACAUGCUUGAGAACCCGCUCAGCAGCACCCAGUGGAUGAACGACCCCGAGACCGGGCCCGUCAUGCUGCAGAUCUCCAGGCUCUUCCAGACCCUGAACCGGACGUAG